AUGUGGCCGCUUCGAGUUUUAUGCUUGUGCCUGCUCGCUAUCGGCUCCAUUCAUGGUUUUGAGCUUUUUCAACCGUAUUGGGGUUACAAUCCGAGAACUCUCAUUCGUGGAAGCGAUCCAGAUUUCAAUCUAGAAAACAUUCGUCCAUUAUGGAAACGACAAAGUGCUGAACAAUCGAAGAGACGUGAACCGUUGUCCCGAAGUCGAUGUUUCUUCAACCCGAUCACUUGCUAG